AUGUUCAGCCUCCGCACCGGGGCCCUGCCCCAGGCCAUCCGGGCCUCCACGUCGACCAUGCGAGCCCCAAUGACCAGGUUCUCCCAAAUCCCACAACAACCAACCACAUCCGCCAUCCUCACCUCCAGACCCUUCUCCCUCCUCUCAACCCCAACCCGCUUCCAACCAUCAACACUCGGCUCCCGCCUUCCCUCGACACUCACAACAUCCUUCUCGCCAAUGUCAUCACUCCGCGCUGGGACUGGCCAGGUCCCACAGCAGACUCGGUCGUUCUCGGCUAGUGCGUCGCUGGGCGUGCGCCGUGUUACUUUCCGGCCGUCGCGGCGGGUGCAGAAGCGUCGCCAUGGGUAUCUGGCGCGGAAGAAGGAUCGGAAUGGAAGGAAGACUCUUACGAGGAGGCUUAUGAAGGGGCGGAAGGAGUUGAGUUGGUAA